CGCUGGGCGCGGCGGUGCGGGGCGCCCGGCUCGCGGCCCGGGACUUGGGAGCGGCGAGCCCCGAGGAUGCUCCCCUCCCGGUUAAAGCUGCUGCUGGGCAGACUGUGCGGGGCCGGGAGUGCUCGGGAAACUCGGCGGCGGACCCCGCGGCCUCCAGGAGGCUUCCUCCCCCGACCCAACAUGAGUGAAGUGUCCUGGAGAAAACGUGAUGACUAUUUGCAGUGGCCUGAGUAUUUCAUGGCGGUGGCCUUCCUAUCGGCACAGAGAAGCAAAGAUCCAAAUUCGCAGGUUGGAGCCUGCAUCGUGAAUGCAGAAAACAAGAUUGUCGGGAUUGGGUACAAUGGAAUGCCAAAUGGGUGCAGCGAUGACCUGUUGCCUUGGAGGAGGACAGCGGAGAAUAAGCUGGAUACUAAAUACCCUUACGUGUGCCAUGCCGAGCUCAAUGCCAUUAUGAACAAAAACUCGGCCGACGUGAAGGGCUGUACCAUGUACGUCGCCUUGUUCCCGUGCAAUGAGUGUGCUAAGCUCAUCAUCCAGGCAGGUAUCAAAGAAGUUAUUUUCAUGUCUGAUAAAUACCAUGAUAGCGAUGAGGCAACCGCUGCCAGGCUCUUGUUUGAUAUGGCUGGGGUUACCUUCAGGAAAUUCACACCAAAGUGCAGCAAGAUUGUCAUUGACUUUGAUUCAAUUAACAGCAGACCGACUCAGAAGCCUCAGUGAGUUACAUCUCAUUAAAUCUCCAGAAGAUUGGGAUUAUCCUGUGCUAAAAAGCUGCUAAAGCCUUUCGUCUCGCAGUUACACAUAACUUUUUAAUAGCCCGUGCCGCAGAGCUAGACAUCUGAAGAGUAUAAAAUAGCCUCCGAAUCUUCCUGACUGUCUCCCCUGUCACAUGGAAUCUGCGUCUGUUUAAAACUGUUGAUUUAGAGUUUAAAAUAAACGAGCCUGCCGAUGGCCUGUCGCAGGGGGCUGGAGUGGGGUCCUCCUGCUCCAUCCCCUGGUUUGCUGGGAUUCUCGUGGCUCUGCAGAAGGGCGCAGAUAUCUGUUGUCCGCUGCAUCUCAGAGCUGCUCUUCACUGUUACAUGUGUUGGCAGGACAAAUUAAUAAUUGUUGUCUUCCUAGCGAGAGGAACAGACACACUGAUGUGAACAUCUGGCCCAAAUGAAGCAUAGUAGUAGUGCCCUUGGGGGGAAAAAAAAGGACCCACAGGACAAUAGCGUGAAACUAUUUGCUUUAAAGAGUUGAGGGAAACCCUCACCCGCCCACCCAAAAAACCAGAUAGGAUGGCUCAUCUGUCUGGACAGAUGAUGAGCAUAACUGAAUCCCAGAUGCUUUCUCUGCUUCUGCUGUCCUGCUGCCCACAGGUGGUUGUCCCUCUGGGGGUGGGGAACCCCUCUUGUUUUUGCUUCUUGUUUUGGGUUUGCUGGUCACACAGAGCUCUUAGAUUAGUUUAUCUGAAUAAUGAGUUGUUCCCAGAGGAGACAGCCUGUCUCCCCUUGUCUCCCCCAAGACCAUGCCCUGCUGUGGCUGCAACGGGGGUAGUCUGGCUGGGAGGGGCGGGGCAUCACCUGCCUCCACCACGUGAAAGUGUGGAAGUGUGUUGCCAUGCUCCUCCACACGCCAACACGGUUCAUUUCCAAGGCUGCUCCACAACCACAGACUAAAUGAAUUCCUGUCUAUAAAUGAAAUGAGAGGAAAUUCAGCCCACCUCGAGGUGGGUUAUUCCAGAUCUGUCCAUGAUGGGAGCUCACUCGUGCUCCUGGCCAUGCCUUCAUUGACGCAUGUCACCUCCCUAAUCACUGUGAUUUGGGGAAUGUGUGGCUGUGCACCUUGCCUUUAUUCUCAUUGAAUUUUUAUUAAACAUGCUCAGUACCUUUGUUGAGAAAAUGGUUUCUUUACCCUAAAGAUUAUUACCGUUUUAAAGUGCUCUUAUAUUUUCAUGAGUUUUUAUUUUGUCUCUGAGGUUUUGUACUCCAUAUUCUAAGACAUUUUGUAAUUUGGCUCCUUACCAGUAUUAUUAAAAUCUUAUUAAAAUCCA